AUGACAGAUUCAAUAUCUAUUGUUGACGAAACAAAUGAUACCUCACCUCAUAUCGACUCGGAAGACAAGAAAUUUGAAAAAAAACUUUUGAGAAAGAUUGAUCUGAGGCUACUCGUCAUAACAAAUAUCAUGUAUAUUUUGGCGUGUUUGGACAGAAUCAAUAUCGGGAAUGCGAGGAUAGCAGGAUUAGAGAAAGAUCUUGGUCUCAUAGGAAACCAAUAUCAAAUUGCUUUAUCAAUAUAUUUCCUUGGCGGU